AUGCAUUUCGGCCGGACGACUUCCCUGGUUUGUGCUUUCCAUCUCUUCAUUACUCCUUACUGGUGCCUGCCGGUUGAUGAGCACCACCUCUCACAUUCCCAAGGCCUGUCGCCAAGAGCAACAUACUCAGUGGUCCCGAUCGAUGGGGGUCCGGGUCCGGAAGACGGCUCCAGUGGGUCCGGCACAGGCGCCGGCUCCGGAAGUUCGCCGGUCAAGACGGUGACGGUCACCGUGGUGGAGGCGCCACCUCCGAAAACGUCGUUCCACACCGUUUACAUCACGCAGGCCCCAGUCACAUACCGUACCACAGACAGCCUCAUGGUCACAAAAACGAUUCAAAUUGUGAGCAUGGGACCGCCGCGCUCAGCAAGCUCUGCCUUCGUCUCUUCCGCUUCCACCGGCGAGCCUGCGUCAACGUCAUCGGCAACAACAUCGCCGCCAUCAAGACUGGCAUCUACCAGUCCGACCUCACUCAGAUCCUUCUUGAGCACCUCAACCACAAUCCCACUGUCAAGCGCACCAUCAUCCACCACCGCCCCCCUGCAAACGGGGCUCACCACCAGCACCAGGACACAUGAUAACAGCCAGUGGCACACGUCGUACCCGUCAUGGAACGGGACCCUGUUGCACAGAGAAUCUCGCGGUUGGCGCAAGCCACGGCGAGUUGUUUGA